GCACCGGGAUAGUAAAUAGUAACCUUCGUACGAAGUUAUAAAUCCACAAUUCUGCAAAUUCCUGCUGCCAAAAGAAAAUUUUGCUGCUGAAAGGCUUUAUAACUGCAUAAUACAAGCGAUAAAGUUUCAUGACAAGAUCGAAGGUCGACGAGAGCCAAAGCCCUCCUCGCAUCGGGAUGUUCAGCGGAAACGGCGAAUACCCGGUCUGGGCCCUCCUCCCGAAGAGGGAAACCGGGGUCACAGCUUUCCUCAGCAAGUAUCCUGAGUACGACGGCCGUGGCAUCACCAUUGCCAUCUUCGACUCGGGUGUGGAUCCUGGAGCUCCAGGCCUCCAGGUGACAAGUGAGGGUAAAAGAAAAAUUAUAGGGAGGUAUGACUGCACUGGAGCUGGCGAUAUCGAUACAUCAACUGUUGUCAAACCAAACAAUGGAACCAUCACUGGUCUCACUGGACGGGAGCUUAAGAUCCCACAGACUUGGAAAAAUCCCAGUGGAACAUAUCAUGUAGGUGUUCUGAACAGCUACCAGAUUUACCCCAGAAUGCUGAAGGAAAGGAUGACCCAGGAAAGGCGACAAAAAAGUUGGGAUCCAGGAUUUAAAACUGCUCUAGCUGAGUCAAACCACCGGCUCGCUGAAAUAAGCCAAAAUAUAGAUAAUUGUAAAGGAACCAUAUCAAGGACUAGCAAGCUCCAAAAAGAAAAUGUAGAAGCACAAGUGGAAAUGUUGAAUCAGUUCGAGAAAAAAUAUGAAGAUCUUGGUCCAACUUAUGACUGUGUUCUUUUUAAUGAUGGUGCUGUUUGGAGGUUGUGUAUUGAUACAAGUGAGUGUGGUGAUUUAGCUAGUUGUUCAUUGGUCGGGGAGUAUUCAAAAACAUAUGAAUUUGCUCCCUUGACAAAAGAGGAUGUCUUGAAUUACUCAAUAAAUGUGUACGACAAUGGAAAUUUGUUGGAAUUUGUCUCGUUAGCAUCAUCACAUGGGACUCAUGUUGCUUCAAUAACUGCCGCUUACUUUCCGGAUGAACCGGAGAAAAAUGGAGUCGCACCAGGAGCCCAACUGGUUUCCUUGAGUAUAGGUGAUCAGAGAAUUAACACGAUGGAAACAGGCACUGGUUUGGCCAGGGCAAUGAUAAAAGUUAUGGAGUCUCAAAAGACUAACAAUCCGAUCACUGUUAUUAAUAUGAGUUAUGGUGAACAAGCCAGUUGGAGUUGUUCUGGGAGAGUAGGAGAUCUCAUGAAUGAGGUAAUUGACAAAUAUGGCGUGACAUGGGUCGCUGCUGCUGGCAAUCAUGGCCCAUGCCUAUGCACUAUUGGUACACCACCUUCCAUUUCUACUGAAAGCAUAAUAGGAGUGGGAGCAUAUGUUUCGCCUGAAAUGAUGGUAGCUGAGUAUUCGCUUAGGUCAAAAGCCCCUGGUCUUCCUUAUACGUGGACAUCCCGCGGUCCAACAAUGGACGGUGCCAAAGGUGUUAGUGUAUGUGCUCCUGGUGGGGCUAUAACUUCAGUCCCACAGUACUUAUUAAGGAGCGCACAGCUAUUAAACGGGACAAGUAUGGCUUCCCCUCAUGUCGCUGGUGCUGUCGCUAUUUUGUUAUCCGGGUUGAAAGCCAAGAACAUUAAACAUACUCCUUAUUCUGUGAAAAGAGCUUUGGAAAAUACAGCUCAGUAUCUUUCUAAUGCUGAUUAUUUUGCACAAGGGCGGGGUUUGCUUCAGGUAGGAAAAGCUUUUGAUCACUUAAUUUCAUACAAUGAAUCGAGAGACAACAAAGUCAGAUUUCAUGUCUAUCUAAGUACGAACAAGGACAAAGGAAUCCUAUUACGAGGAGGAGCGCAUAAUGUGUCCAAAGAAUUCCCAGUGUGUAUCGAACCAAUUUUUGCCGACUCCUCAAACAUAGAUUUAAAGGAAAAGCUUGAUUUCCAAAUGAGUCUUUCUCUGUCGUGCGAUCAAUCGUGGGUCCAACACCCUGUCUCACUUGAGUUCAACAACAUGAUGCGAACUAUCAACGUGCGCGUCGACCCAUCUGGACUCCCCACAGGCGUUCAUGCUACAUCAAUCAACGCAUACGACGUCAAGCAAGUUGAAAAAGGUCCGAUGUUCCAAAUUGAAAUAACAGUUAUAAACCCUUACGUAUUACAAGAGCCGCCGAUCAAGCCUCUCAUCCAGUAUCAAACGAUUAGCAUUAAACCGGGUGAAAUUCGAAGGCAUUUCAUUUUUGUACCUGAAAGAGCUUCAUAUGCAACUGUGAAACUCAGUGUUCUUGAUAUUGAUAGACCUGGAAAUUUUGUAAUACACGCAAUGCAAGUUUUAUCAAAAAAAUCCUGUCGUGCACAGGAGUACCAUAAAAUGGCAGUGGUCUCUUUUGACACAGAAGGCAUUUUUACAUUCCAAGUCAAGGGCGGGAUAACAAUGGAGCUGGUGCUUUCAAAGUAUUGGUCUGAACAGUAUGAAAAUACUAUUAACUACAGCAUCCAAUUCUUCGGGUGUCCUCUUGAAUCAAACGAAGUGACUAUGCAUCACAGUCAUGCAAUCCACCAACUUGAAAUUCUAGGUGGCCUUCAAGUAGAGGAAAUUUCACCGGCCAUUUCAUUAAAAUUCAAUGUUAUCACGCUUAAACCAGCAGAUGCUAAGAUUACUCCUGGGUCGGUUAGAGAUGUAAUCCCGCCAUCCAGGCAUAUUUACCAGCUGAUGCUCACUUACAAUUUCCACUUGCCAAAACAGACGGAAGUAAUGCCAAACUGUGCAUUGGUUAGCCAGUAUCUGUACGAGUCUGAGUUUGAAUCUCAACUUUGGAUGUUGUUCGAUUCGAAUAAGCAGUACAUCGCCUCUGGGGAUGCUUAUCCUAAAAAAUAUAAUGUCAAAUUGGAUAAAGGUGAUUAUACGAUCAAACUCCAGAUAAGACAUGAAAAACGUGAUCUCCUUGAAAAGCUUUUUGAAACGCCUAUGAUGCUCUGGCAGAAACUUCAAAACCCCAUCAGCCUUGAUGUGUAUGCUACCCAGCAUGCGGCUGUCUUGCAAACAAAAAAAUUAAACUCUGGACUUGUACCGAGCGGCACUUACCGGCUCCCAAUCUAUAUCUCCCCAAUCCAGAAUGAGAAAACGUUGAAAAAUAUCACACCUGGGCAGUAUCUCACAGGGACUUUAACACUUAGUAAAAAUGAUUUGGGGAAGAAAGUGGAUACAUACACUUUCAAUUACAUCCUAAGUGAUCUCACUAAAAAAUCAACCAACAAUUCAAAAAAUUCUCCGGAAAAGAGUAAAUGGGAGGAGUAUCAGGAAGCUCUUCGAGAUCUCAAGACUUCAUGGCUCGCGAAAAUGGACAAUAGUGAAAUGGCCGAGAAGCUUUAUAGCGAGCUCAAAGAAGAAUUUCCGUCCCACGUCACUUCUUAUAUGAGUAUGCUUCAAUCUAUGGAGCCUGAAUCAAAGCGAGUCUUACCGGGCGCCAAAGAGACCGAAGAGGGCCUCCGUCUUGCUCAAGGAGUUCUCAAAUUAGCGAACGAACUGUAUGAGAGCAUAGAUCAAAAAUCACUACUUGCUUAUCUUGGAAUGAAAUCUGAUCUCAGACCUGAAGCAACUACCAUCAAACUCAUGAUGGAAAAGCAGAAGAAUGCUUUGAUAGAUAGUUUAUCGAGAAAAGGUGCAAUACUCUGUAGGCUCUACCUGAAGCACAUGGCAUCAGGAGAAUCAGGAGAUAGUGAAAUGGCCACUUCACUCGACGAGAUCGAUGACUUAUGGCUCUGUUUGUUAAAAUACGCAGAAGUCAGCGAUUUAAAGUCGACUGGCUAUUUUGGCCUCUGGCACGCAGCAGCAUUUGGCCAUUAUGGGCGACUGCUUAAACUCCAGUUGAAAAUGUUUGAAGACAAGCCUUCAAAAGAGCUUGAAGAAUCCGUCGUAUGGUGUUUGGAAAACCUCAGAUGGUCUUGGGCAGCAGAGCACAUAUCAAGAUCUACCUAUGUGAGGUUCCCAGCCCAAUUCAGACUCGUUUAAAAAAAUUCUCAGUUGUCAGAAGUUCUUUUUUUUUUCUUUUUCUUAAAUAAUCAAUUUUAUGGAAGAUUAUAAGUGUGUAUUGAGUUUAUUUGAAUUACCUGAAUUGUUAUGAGUAACUGAAGAAGAUAACUUAAUUAUUUAAUAUACUGUAUUGCACUAAGUAAAAAUUAUAAACUUUUGUAAUCUUUG